UAAAAUUGAGAAAGCCAAAAAGAUCAAGAAAGAUCUUCAAGUCAAAACUCUUGAGGAUAUACAUAUUAUUAUGGUGAUGGGGUUAAAAGUUGGAGUUUUGGUGAUGAUUUUUGUGCAAAUCUCGUAUGUUUUGAUGAACGUAAUCUACAAGUUGGCUGUGGAAGAUGGGAUGAAUAUGAGGGUUUUGGUUGCUUAUCGUGCCAUGUUCGCGGCUGCUUUUAUGCUUCCUCUUGCUCUUCUUUUCGAAAGGAAAAGCCGACCAAAACUUUCGCGGGUGACAAUUUAUCAAGCAUUUCUUUGUGGAUUAUUAGGGGUAACACUUGCACAAAACUUAUACAUUGAAGGCCUAGCUUUGACCUCUACAACAUUCGCUGUAGCUGUGACCAAUCUCAAUCCUGCAUUUACAUUCAUCCUUGCAGUUUGUUUUCGGGUUGAGAAAUUGAGGGUGGGAACGAUGGGAGGGAAGGCGAAGGUUGUGGGGACAGUGGUGGGGAUUGGUGGGGCCAUGAUUUCUACAUUUUACCAAGGCAUUCAAAUUCAGAUCCCCACCACACAUUUCAACGUAUUGCAUCACAACCCGGCCCCACAAGUACACGUGGCAUCAUCUUACGACUCCUUCACCCGACGCCUCUUGGGCUCCAUCUUUGCUCUUGCCAGUUGUGCGGCUUACGCACUCUGGUUGAUAGCCCAGGGAAAAAUGAACGAGUCAUACCCAUACUAUUACUCAAGCACUGCUUUGAUGACGGUCAUGGGGUUUCUUCAGUCGCUUCUUCUUGCAAUCUGCACUGUUAGGGAUUGGAAUCAAUGGAGGCUGGGCUUCAACAUUAGGCUUCUUUCUGCUGCUUAUUCGGGAAUUAUACCAUCAGGAGUAGUGAUUGCAUUUAUAUCUUGGUGUCUUACCAAAAGAGGGCCACUAUUUGUGUCGAUCUUUAACCCGCUUGCAAUUGUUGUGAUGGCUAUAGUUGGUUAUUUAAUUCUCGAUGAAAAAUUACAUUUGGAAAGGAUACUAGAAGGACCUCUAGCUUUGUAUUAUUCGAGCAUUGUGGAAUUUAGUAUCAAAACAUUUGACCAACGUCCUUUGCAAACUUAAGAGGGUGAAGAAAGAGUACCACAAGUACAAGAAACUAACAUGGCUAUUCUUCAAACCGUUCAAGGCAUGAUGGAAAUGACAAGGGAAGAUAAGAAAAUGAGGGCACAACAACAAAGAGAAGAACGAGUCUACCAUGACAGCAACAAAGAGAAGAACAAGUCUUACAUGAAGAAGAAGGUAUGUUUGAUUUAGAUUAACAAGAAUGAAAAGUUGGAGGAAGAGGAAUAAAUAAUUUUAUGAAACCUAGAAGAGGAGAAAGAAUUCAUGAAGAUAGAGACAACGAAGUUAACCUUAAAAUCCACCUUUAGUGGAAUAGGGAAUGCAGAGGCAUAUUUAGAAUGAAAAGGAAGAUAGAACUUGUGUUUGAUUACAACACAUAUAGUGAGAAUAAGAAGAUGAGAGUUGUUAUUGCGAAUUCACCAAGCAUGCUAAAAAUUGGUAUCAACAUCUCAAAUCCGAGAGAAGAAGGAAAGAAGAAGAUCCAAUAGAGACUUGAGAAUAACUUAAAUAAGCCAUGAGAAAGAGGUAUGUUCUAACACAUUAUAAAAGAGAUCUAAAAACUAAAUUGCAAACUUUGAGGCUGAGAAUAAAAAAUGUGGCUUAAUAUUAUCAAGAAGACUUUAAUGGAAAGAGCAAAAACUCGAGAAGAAGAUACUAUAUCUAGAUUUCUUGGAGGUUUGAAUCGAGAAAUUGCUCAUUCUGUUGAUAGAAAUCCACAACCUUACUUGGAAGAGAUGUAUCAUUAUGUAAUCAAAAUUGAAGAUCAAUUGAGAGAAGAAAAUGAACAUUCCAAAAGAUAUACUUCUAAAGCUCGUACCUUUUCAAAUUAUAAUGCUUGGAACAAAGAUCAAUCUGUGAAUAAGAAUGAUGAAAAGGGAAGCUUUGAUAAGAUUUUAUUUAAUUGAAAUUUGAAAAUUAUUUGGUAGGAGAUCGUGAAUGUUAAAGAGGCCCACUAAUGUUUAGCACAAAAUUCUUUUACUAUUAUUGGUGUUACGACAAGCCCAUAUCCCACUUAGUUGUUUUAGGUUUUAUUCACCUUUGUUAUUCAAAGAAAGAUUGAGGGCAACUUUUUCCACAGGAUUAUUGUUUAGAUUUUUAGGAGUUUUGUCACCUCGUACUCU